AUGGGCAAGCUCGAGGAUAACGAGAGGGUGAUCCUCAACGUGGGGGGCACCCGGCACGAGACCUACCGGAGCACGCUGAAGACCCUGCCGGGGACCCGGCUGGCCCUGCUCGCCUGCGAGUCCCAGAGCGAGUCGUCGGGCGGGGAAGAGCAGCCGCCGCCGCCGGCUCCCCCGCCACCGCCUCCCCCCAACCUGCCCCCGCAGGUGCCGGGCGGCUGCCCGGAGGCCAGCAGCGGCGGCAGCCCCCGGACCAGCGGCGGCCCCAGCGAGUUCUUCUUCGACCGGCACCCGGGGGUCUUCGCCUAUGUGCUCAACUACUACCGCACGGGCAAGCUGCACUGCCCGGCCGACGUGUGCGGGCCGCUCUUCGAGGAGGAGCUCGCCUUCUGGGGCAUCGACGAGACCGACGUGGAGCCCUGCUGCUGGAUGACCUACCGCCAGCACCGCGACGCCGAGGAGGCGCUCGACAUCUUCGAGACCCCCGACCUCAUCAACGGCGAGCCGCCCCUCGACGACGACGACCUGGCCGCCAAGAGGCUGGGCAUCGAGGACGUGGGGGCGGCGGCCGGGCCCCCCGACGGCGUGGGCGGGCGCUGGAGACGGCUGCAGCCCCGGGUGUGGGCGCUCUUCGAGGACCCCUACUCCUCCCGGGCCGCCAGGUUCAUUGCUUUUGCCUCUUUAUUCUUCAUCCUAGUUUCAAUUACAACCUUUUGUUUGGAAACCCAUGAGGCUUUCAAUACUAUUAUAAACAAAACCGAGCAUGCCAUCAAUGGCACAGAGGUGGUUCUACAGUAUGAAAUUGAGACAGAUCCUGCUCUGACGUAUGUGGAAGGAGUCUGCGUGGUGUGGUUUACAUUUGAAUUUUUAGUCCGUGUUGUUUUUUCACCCAAUAAACUUGAAUUCAUCAAAAAUCUCUUGAAUAUCAUUGACUUUGUGGCCAUUCUGCCCUUUUACCUAGAGGUGGGCCUGAGUGGGCUCUCCUCCAAAGCUGCUAAGGAUGUGCUUGGCUUCCUCAGGGUGGUGAGGUUUGUGAGAAUCCUGCGAAUCUUCAAACUCACCCGGCACUUUGUAGGCCUCAGAGUGCUGGGCCACACACUCCGAGCUAGCACCAAUGAGUUUUUGCUGCUGAUAAUAUUCCUGGCACUAGGUGUGUUGAUAUUUGCCACCAUGAUCUACUAUGCUGAGCGAGUAGGGGCCCAGCCCAAUGACCCAUCUGCUAGUGAGCACACACAGUUCAAAAAUAUCCCCAUUGGCUUCUGGUGGGCUGUGGUCACCAUGACUACCCUUGGGUAUGGGGACAUGUAUCCUCAGACUUGGUCAGGCAUGCUAGUGGGUGCUCUGUGUGCUCUCGCUGGGGUGCUGACCAUAGCCAUGCCUGUGCCUGUCAUUGUCAACAAUUUUGGAAUGUACUACUCCCUGGCAAUGGCGAAGCAGAAACUUCCAAGAAAGAGGAAGAAGCACAUCCCUCCUGCUCCUCAGGUGAGCUCCCCUACCUUUUGCAAGACAGACUUGAAUAUAGCCUGCAAUAGCACACAGGGAGAUGUCUGCCUCGGCAAAGACAACCGGUUGAUGGAACACAACAGAUCAGUGUUAUCAGGUGAAGACAGUGCAGGAAGUGAGCAGCCACUCUCACCUGGGGAAAGGCACCCACCAAUCAGACGCUCUAGUACCAGAGACAAAAACAGAAGAGGGGGAACAUGUUUCCUACUGACAACAGGUGAUUACACGUGUGCUACUGAUGGAGGGAUCAGGAAAGGAUACGAAAAAUCCCGAAGCUUAAACAACAUAGCUGGCUUGGCAGGCAAUGCUCUGAGACUGUCUCCAGUAACAUCACCCUACAGCUCACCUUGUCCUUUAAGACGCUCUCGAUCUCCCAUCCCAUCUAUAUUGUAA